GUGCGUGUACUCGCUGGUGCGCGCUCGUCUCUCUGAGUGUGUGUGUAUCCAGAAGGUGUAGCAGUCUCGCGCUCUGCCUGCUCGCUCCCUCUCGCGCUGUGUUCUGUAAGCCUCCUCUCGAGCCUCCACGGAUUUAUGGGUAACUGCAGAGCGGGUUAAGCCUGCGCGUGGCGCGAGCGGAUUGUCCAACAGCUCAGCGCCGCGCGUCCUCUAACCGGGCUCGCGCUCUGUCCGCGCGGAUAUAUGGCCCUGCACAGGUCUCCGUCCAGCUCGGAGACAUGGAACGGAGCCCCUGAGCGCAUGUGCGUAGCCACAGCGAUGAGUGAAUCUUCAUCCAUUCACAGUGAAAAACUCCGCAGUCUCGCACGUGACAUAUCUGAAAUUGGCCAGGACUCAGCCAACAGCAGACAUGAUGCAGGGGAGCCUGCAGAGGAAGCUGACGAGUCCGUCCCCUGUCCCAGGGGAGGACUGUGUUUUGCAGAUGGCUGCAGGAGAGUGGACUAUGUGCUCGUCUACCACUGCAAAAGACGGCACUCACAGUCCCGCCACUCCAUCAUUUCCAAUGGCAACCUGCCCUCCCUGAGCCCCACCCCUUCACGCAGGAACACCCAGCCAGAGCUGGCAGAGGUGGAGCUGGAGGCAGGUCUGGCAUCAGGGCCUGGAGAAGGAGAGAAGGCCUUGAUCAGGGAGGAGUUUGAAAGGGGGCUACAGGAGGAGGGUCUGGAGAUUGAACGGGACAAAGAGAUGAAGACAGUGCGCUUUACCCGUCUGCAUGUUCCCUGGUCUGUGCUUAGCCGUGAGGCAGAGCUUUUGAAGAUCAAAGUUCCCACCAAGAGAACAUAUGAGUUGAAAGAGAAAACCGGGCUUGCAGGAGCAAUAAGCUCACUUUGGGAGAAACUCAAUCAGCCAUUCCAGCCGGGGGUCCCAGAACCCCAAAAUCCACGUACAUGUGUCCUUUCACUGCCAUUCAACAGAAAGAAGCUACAUCUAUUUGACAUCAAGUCAAAAAACAUCCUGUUUGACAAUGCAACACGAGGACGAAUUGUGCUUGAGAUACUUAGGCGCACGGCCUGCACACAGACUUGUCAGACAAUGGGCAUCACGUCAUUACUGGCUAAGGGUGUCUACGAUUCAGCCUUUCCCCUACAUGAUGGGGACUUUACUAGCUCAGAUGAUAAAGAGCAUCGCAAUGACAGACAGAUGUUACAUGAAGAAUGGGCCAACUAUGGAGUUUUCUUCAAAUAUCAACCAGCUGACCUUAUCAGGAAGUACUUUGGAGAGAAGAUCGGUCUGUAUUUUGCCUGGUUGGGAGUGUAUACACAGCUGUUAAUUCCAGCCUCUGCAAUGGGCAUUGUAGUAUUCCUCUAUGGAUGGCUGACUGUAGAUACCAAUGUGCCCAGUCAGGAGAUGUGUGAUGAGCGCCUGAAUUUCACCAUGUGUCCCCUGUGCGAUCGAGUGUGUGAUUACUGGCAGCUGAGCAGUAUGUGCAGCACAGCGCGUGCCAGCUAUCUGUUUGACAACCAUGCCACUGUAGCCUUUGCCAUCUUUAUGUCUCUGUGGGCUGCUGUCUUUCUGGAGCACUGGAAGAGGAGACAGAGGUGUCUGCAGCACAGGUGGGAUCUGACAGACAUGGAAGAGGAGGAGAUGUGUUUCAUGCGUGGCAAAAAGGAUGGAGCUGAGGAUGAGCUUCGUCCAGCAUAUGAAGAUUUUCUCCUUCAGAAGCGACAGAAGAAAGGCAAGAACAAAAAGAAAGAAGAGCCGGAUGGGAGAACAGAUGACAUAGGUAGAGAGAAGCUGCUGUCUGCUAAAGGAGGACAACCACCGAUUGCUUCAGAAUCUCUUACAUGGAAGGACCGGUUGCCAGGAUAUUGUGUCAAUGUAUCCUCUAUACUUCUUAUGGUGGGGGUGACGUUCUCUGCAGUCUUCGGUGUCAUUCUGUACCGGAUCAUUGUUUUCGCAGUGAUGUCAAUGAACCCUGACCAUGAGGCCAAAGCCAAUGUGCGUGUUACUGUGACAACCACUGCUGUCAUCAUCAACCUUCUGGUGGUAUUGGUGCUGGAUGAGAUCUACGGGGCUGUGGCAGUCUGGAUCACAGAACUGGAGAUCCCAAGGACUGAGGCAGCAUUUGAGGAACACCUGAUCCUGAAGGCUUUUCUGCUCAAGAGUAUGAAUGCUUUUGCACCUGUCUUCUAUGUGGCCUUCUUCAAGGGCAGGUUUGCAGGUCGUCCAGGUGACUAUGUGUACGUCUUUAAAGACUUCCGCAUGGAGGAGUGUGCUCCAGCAGGCUGUCUUAUUGAAGUCUGCAUACAGCUUGGAAUGAUCAUGCUGGGGAAGCAGCUUAUCCAAAAUAAUGUGUUUGAGAUUGCUAUUCCAAAGCUAAAGAAGAUGUAUCGUACAUAUAAGGAGGAGAAGGAAGGAGGGGAGAAGAAGAAAAGCAAGGAUCCAAAUCGCCCACGACACCGGUGGGAUUUAGAUUAUGAGCUGGAGCCAUAUGAGGGCUUGAGUCCUGAGUACAUGGAAAUGAUUAUUCAAUAUGGAUUUGUUACACUCUUUGUGGCAUCUUUCCCGUUGGCUCCUGUCUUUGCUUUACUCAAUAAUGUCAUUGAGAUUCGCCUCGAUGCUGCAAAAUUUGUCACUGAAAUACGGCGGCCUGAUGCUGUCAGAGCAAAGGAGAUCGGCAUAUGGUACAACAUCCUGAGUGGGAUAAGCAAGUUCGCUGUUAUCACCAAUGCAUUUGUUAUUUCCUUCACAUCAGAGUUUAUUCCUCGGAUGGUAUAUCAGUAUCUGUAUAGUGACACAGGGACAAUGCAUGGCUUUACAGACCACACACUGGCUUACUUCAACACCAGCAACUUUAAACCUGGAACCGCACCCAACAGCACACGCUUCGACAGGGAGCUCCGUAUCUGCAGGUAUAAAGACUAUCGAGAUCCCCCUUGGUCACCUGAGUCAUAUCAGCUCUCUAAGCAGUAUUGGUCUGUGCUAGCUGCCCGACUGGCCUUUGUCAUCUUCUUCCAGAAUCUGGCAAUGUUCCUCAGUAUGCUAGUGGCUUGGUUGAUUCCUGAUGUGCCACGCUCUCUGAAGGAGCGGGUGAAACGAGAAAAAGUCCUGCUGCUGGAUCUUCUCCUCAGUGAGGAGGCAGAGAAACAGCGUCAGCACUCCCAGCGCCCUGCCAACAUCAACAUCACCAUUAAGAGCCCAGAAGAGCCAGAGUGCAUCACAGUGCCUCAGAGCCAAUCAGCUGAGGACCUGAACGAGCUUCAGAAUGCAGUCAGAGAGACUAAGCUCGAACUGGUAGCAGAGGAACCUGUCACCACCAACAGUCAGCCUGAACCUGGUUCACCCACUGAAACCAUUGGCAGCCCACAGUCACCUUCCAAUCCUUGUAUCACAUCAGAUCCUCCACUGAAUCCAAGUCAGGCAAAAAGAGAAGCCCACUCUCGAGAGUUUGACCUGGAUAGGCCUUCACCUCAAGAUCCCAGCUCCAGGCCCAGGAGCCGCUGCCGAACCCUUCCUCCCAGGCACAGAGGCAAUGAAGCAGGAGACAGCUCAUGCAAAGCCAGUCACUCUGCAAGCUAUGUACAACUCAGCCAGAAGAUUCCUCCAUCACCCAGUGAGCUCCUACAUAGUACCUCCAAAGUACCAUCACAACUUCCAUCUAAAAAAGAUCUUUCCAGCAGCCAGCACUCUACAUUGUCCCGACCUCACUCUAAAACAGAACUCUCUGGCAGCCAAUCAUCUGUGCUGUCACGCCCCCCAUCCAAAACAGAGCUUUCAAACAGCCAAUCCGGAGCAUUGCCCCGCCCUCCAUCUAAGCAGGAAAUCACAAACAGCCAAGCAGCAGUGGUGCGUUCACCAUCCAAGCCAGAGUUUACAAGCAGCCAAUCUACAGCACUGCCGCAACCUCCAUCUAAACAGGAAAUCACAAGUAGCCAAGCAACAAUGACUCGUUCGCCAUCCAAGCCAGAGUUUACAGGCAGCCAACCAACAGCACUGCCACGACCUCCCUCUAGACCAGAAUUAUCGAGCAGUCAGUCAACUGCAUUGCCAAGACCACCAUCCAAGCCUGAGCUGAUGGCUAGCAUUGCAAAAGGACUUCCCCUGCAGGACCCAAGCACAAGAGCCAAGUCCCGUUGUCAGACUCUCCCCCCUAGGCAAAGAGGACCUGAUGCUGUGGAAAACUCAACCCCCAGAGCCAGUCACUCCACCAGCUUUACACAUCUCAGCCAGAAGGUCCCACCUUCACCCAGUGAGCUGACACGCAACACCCCCGUGUAAGCAUAAGUGGACAAAGCAGAGUUCUACUCCAUCCCUCCGACAGCUCUCAACCAUUCACCUCUUCAGUGCCAGGCAACCCAGUCAACUCAUUGUAAGGCCCACUGAGGGCAGGAUCAUCAGUAACUGUUUGUCUGUAUAUUGAGGUCUAUUCCAUCAUGUUUGUGGUUAGAUGAUGGUCAGAUUUUUUUUUUUUUGGUUGCCAAGUCAUUUUGGGCACUGUUCUGUAAGUUGUGACAUUGUGUUGGGAUGCAGCUUCUGUACUCUUGUGUGCCAAGAGGUGCACUCUAGGGGUUUUUGUGUUUCACCAGAACUAAAUCAGUUAGUUUAAUGAAAAUGUGACACAUUCCAGUACUAUAAUUACAUUACAUUCACUUUACAAAGACUCUCUAUUCUUUUUUGAAUCUGGCUGGAUAAGAAGUGAGUAAAAGGAGAACUCCCUUGGAGCUAGGGCUGAGUGGCUGCCAUAAUCAGCUGGGUGAACAUCCAGAGGUUUUGUCCAGGGAUACGUGUUGGCACCUAUUCAUUAAAAAAAAAAAAAAUUCCUGUACAUAGGGGAUGUAAUUCACAUUGUAAAACCUGAAAAUAAGCUGCUCAAAUAAUUUAAGUUUUGUGAAACUGUAAAAAGCAUCAAACACAAGUGUUUUUAGGAAAAAAUGCCUAAGGAAAUUCCUAUCCUUGAGACAUGCCUCCUGAACCUUUAAUCUUUAAGGCCACCAAUUGCCUUGGCUCAGCUGAAUCGUCCUUAAUGUGUAAUGUGUCAAGUGUAACUUCAAUGGAGAAUUAUUGUCUUUUCUUCAAUUCGUUGUGUAUUUGUGCGCUUAUUAUUUCAAGUUGCAGUCAAGGCAGUUGGUUAGCCUAAACUAGCUUGAAGGAACCCAGCUUGUGGGUUUUAUUUUUAGACAGUGCUUACAGAUAAGAUGAGGCAUUCAAUAGAGGGAAAUCCUGGGACUCCAUUUACAUUUAGAUUAAUAGAAAUAGAUAUAUAGAUUUAGAUAUAGACAUAGACAGAAAAUAUUGCAUUUUAUAAUACAUAAAUCAACUGAGCAGUCUUAUUGUUUGGUUUUACAGUGAUUCAACUCCAGCAACUCCACUAUCACUAAGACAUACUGGCUGUAAGUUUGUUAUAAAACCAAUAUUAUUCUCUAGUGGUAAGAAAUUUCACAAAUGUGAAAGAUGCCACUAUUAAAAGGUUAUACUGGUAAUGAUUUUUUAUGAACAAUUCUGAAUUCUUUACAGCCAAAUUGGUUGAUGGCCGAUGUUCCGGCCGAUUUUUAUGAGCCUAUUUUUUAAUCCGGGUUUUACACUGUGUGGAGUAAAUGGAGCACAUUUCCAGGACUGUAAUAGCCAAACUUGCAAUAUAAACAACACUAUUUGCUCUUUAAUGGGCAAAACUGGGACUUAAAAUGUUUCAAUUUUAAAUCAAUGUCCUAUUUAAAUGACAUGAAUCAAAUAAAGGAGGCAGCUGUCUAUUUAGCAUAAUGCAAAAUUAUGCUACAACAUUUUGGUAUAUGUGUAUCAUCUUCAUUUAGAUACAGCACGAGUGCACUUACCUGGCUCAUGUUAUUUAUGUGACGUAAAUGCAACACAGAUCUGCCAAAAUAAAAACCAUAAAUUGGCUAAUUGCUGAUUUCAUGUUUUAAGCAAAAAUCUGCCAAUUCCAAUCUUGGUUUCCAUUUGUACAUCUCUAUUAACUAAACAAAGUAAAAAAUUCUGUUCUGAACAGCAGGAAGAAAGGGAGUCUUAAUAUACAAUAUCAACAAUGAUCACAUUUCUAGCAAGAAAUUACAUCCACAGAACUUCAAGUGCACCUAAAACCAUUUUUAUGUUGACAAAAAAGUUUUGCUAUGUUGUGAUAAACCAUAGCCAACAUUAAUAAGUGAUAUUUUAGAGCAUUUAGUACAGAGUAUUACUACAUUAUGUCAAAAAUAACACUGUGCAGUCAUUGUCUUCACAAAGUGAACUGUUAUAUAACUGUUUCAGAACAGACAAUGAAAUUGUUCAGGUAGAGGAACACAAUGCCUCCUCCUCCAGAAGAGAGCACAAAGUGUGAAUGUAGACUUGCUCUUUGCUGAGUGGCAAUAUGUGUAUGAUAUGCAUGGUGCUUUAGCCUGGGUUAAGUUAACUAAGCACAAAUAUGAGCCAGCAUUUACGAUGUAGAACAGUUCCAUGUUACUUUUAGAGAUCUUUAACUGCAACAAUAUUUUAUAAUAUAAAGAAAAAAAUAUUAUGACUGUUCAUAAUAAAAAUCUGAA